CCCACAUCCACCCCCUUCCAAGCCGACCGUUCCUCCACGACACGACCAUCAUCGCAAUCCGCUUCCCACCUAAGCCUUCUACCUCAUUCUCGGCUGCUUCCAUAUCCUCAUCCUCUCGCUUCGUACGACUCUACAGCAGCCAAAAUGUCGUGGAAGCUCACCAAGAGUAAGCUGCCUCCUCCUGGCCAUACCACGUUCCUCACCAGCGCAUCACCUCCUGCAUACCUCGCCUGCCGCUCUGUGCCCACGUUGUCAGCGUGCCUCCAAGGGUCUGCUCGACCUGCAUUGCGGAACAAGCAGCUCUUAUCGCAUCGCAGCUCCUUGACUGGAUCAGAGAUGACACUGACACCAUGAAUCAGAAUUGAAAGACACCCACCUGGGGGCGGCCCUCCCGGGCUUCUCCAGAACUCCAUCGACCUCUACCAUUACCGACAAGGACGAGAAGAUGGUUUCCACCCCUACGACGCCGAACCCCAGUGACCCCAAUGCCAUCGCCGCGUCAGAGGCUCUCGUGCAGGAGCCGGUGCUUAAGCCUCCUAAGCCCGGUAUCCUCGUAGUCACCCUUCACGAAGGUCAGGGGUUCUCUUUGCCAGAGUCAGCUCGGAAUGCCUUCAGCUCGCAACAUGGCGGUUCCAUGUCGACAGGGAACGCUCUCAACGCCGCUGGCUCGGUCAGGCCUGGCUCCUCCUCGCGUCAGGUUGCCGGUUCUUUCGCCAACGGCUCCGCCCGACCUCAGACCUCUGCUGGAGGCUUUUCCGGCAUUCCUUCAAACCACGGUCGAAUCUCGAGCAAAUACCUCCCCUAUGCGCUGCUGGAUUUCGACAAGGUCCAGGUCUUCGUCAACUCCGUCUCCGGCACGCCAGAGAACCCGUUGUGGGCAGGCGACAACACGCAGUAUAAGUUUGAUGUUUCUCGUGUCACAGAUCUUAAUGUUCAUCUCUACAUGCGCAACCCCAACGCCCCUCCUGGUGCGGGACGAAGCCAGGACAUCUUCAUUGGCGCCGUGCGGAUCCAGCCCCGCUUCGAGGAGAGACAGACUUUCGUGGACGAUCCCAAGGCCAGCAAGAAGGACCGGGAGAAGGCGGCUGCCGACUUUGCCAACCGUGAGCGGACCCUUGGGCACUCUGGACAGGACAUUCUGGAUGUUCAAUACGGCACCGGCAAGCUCAAGAUCGGCGUGGCCUACGUUGAGAACAGGGCGGGCAAGCUCAAGAUUGAGGAUUUUGAGCUGCUCAAGGUUGUUGGCAAGGGCAGUUUCGGCAAAGUCAUGCAGGUGCGCAAGAAGGACACCAACCGUAUCUAUGCCUUGAAGACAAUUCGCAAGGCACACAUUAUCUCGCGGUCUGAAGUGGCGCACACAUUGGCCGAAAGAUCGGUUCUUGCUCAGAUCAACAACCCCUUUAUUGUACCGCUCAAGUUCACCUUCCAGUCGCCAGAGAAGCUCUACUUCGUCCUAGCAUUUGUCAACGGUGGCGAGCUCUUCCACCAUUUGCAGAAGGAACAGCGUUUCGACGUCAACCGGGCCAGAUUCUACACUGCCGAACUUCUCUGUGCCCUCGAGUGCUUGCACGGCUUCAACGUCAUCUACCGCGAUCUCAAGCCAGAGAAUAUCCUGCUCGACUAUCAGGGCCACAUUGCCCUGUGCGAUUUUGGUCUUUGCAAGCUCGACAUGAAGGACGAGGACAGGACGAACACCUUCUGUGGCACCCCCGAGUAUCUGGCUCCUGAGCUGCUCAUGGGCCAGGGAUACAACAAGACUGUCGAUUGGUGGACUCUCGGUGUCCUCCUGUACGAGAUGUUGACUGGACUACCUCCGUUUUAUGACGAGAACACCAACGAGAUGUACCGCAAGAUCUUGUCGGAGCCUCUCCACUUCCCCAGCGCCGACAUUGUGCCACCAGCGGCCAAGGACUUGCUAGCCAAGCUACUCAACCGCAACCCGGAGGAGCGCUUAGGCGCGAAUGGCAGCGCCGAGAUCAAGGCCCAUCCGUUCUUCCACGCCAUUGACUGGCGCAAGCUGCUCCAGCGCAAGUACGAGCCAACGUUCAAGCCCAGUGUGAUUGAUGCGCUUGAUACUGCCAACUUCGACCCUGGCUUCACCGGCGAGGCACCCCAGGACUCGUUUGUAGAAGGCCCGGUGCUCUCGCAGACGAUGCAGAACCAGUUUGCAGGAUUCAGCUACAACCGACCGAUUGCGGGUCUCGGAGACGCUGGCGGCAGUGUCAAGGACCCCUCCUUUGUCGGCAGCAUCCAGGACCGGCGCUAAGCAUUUGUGGUGAAUGACUGUGAUCGGCGGCAGCGACGGGGCGGGACAGAGCACUCUGUGCGGUGAUGCUUGAGACCAGGCUGCCCUUGGAACGUUGCAGGUCGCGGCGCAUGGAGGGAAAGCAGAACAGUGGCAUUUUCAUACGGCGUUUUGGGCAGGCGUUAUCUUUGUGCUUGGAGAGAAGGCAGACAAGAGGCGCGCUUUUUUGCGAGCUUGGGUUUGUGAAUUUCUUGCCCGCAAGAAUGGCAGCAUUACAUGGAUGCAGGGGAAGCAACAGGGGUCCAGUAGAUAGACACAAUACAGUCUGUUGCGACAAACACGAAGAGGC